AUGUCAACGGCUCAACAGAAGGUGGCUACUUGGAGCUCAGUUGCUUUGCGGAUUGUGACUUAUGUCUUUCUCAGAAUCAUCCCUGGUCAUCCAUGGCCGCCUCUCAUAUACACCCUUUUUGCACUAUAUGUGCCCUCCUUCGUUUAUAGUCACGUAACACAGAUACCAUAUACUGUGGUAGAAGAUGAUAUCAAUAUCACUGUUCUAGAGACUGAGCUCAAAGACCAGCCUUUUGUACCUGCGGCAGAUUCUCAAAAUUUAUCGGACUCGGACAGACCAAAGCACGUGGAGGAAGAAGUUGAAAUAGACGAGACAUUGGUAAUGGAGAAAAAGUCACCUAGACCAUUCCACACACUUUUGACAGGCGCGCCUGAUCCAGUAUCAACAUUUCUCUCGCUUUUGACCUUCUUGAUCAACGUGGGCUUGGUUCUGGCCACAAUAGAUCUGGUGUAUCAUGCGAAAGUUUUGCAUCCUAGCACGGAGCUUUCAUUCGCACGAAUGGGCUACAUUGCCCCUACGGAAGCAAAUUUGCUCGUUCGAGAACCAGAUCUCUCUAAACUUCCUAUAUCCAUCACCUACAAACCAGCAAAUCCAGCGGGUGCUUAUGAAGAGCAACCACAACUCGCCGGAACGAUCCAUACUUUGUCAGAAGACACGGAUUUCACACAAGCUUUAAAGUUCCCAUUGCCAAAUCGUCCUGAAAGGACCUAUCAAUGGAUGACAUCAAAUAACCACACCGGAUUUUUCACAACUCCUCCAAAACCUGGACAUCUACCUCAAUCAGGAUCUUUCACGUUUUUUACAUCUAGUUGCAUUAAACCUCGCUUUCCGUACAAUCCCUUUGACCACGCUUUGGCAAUUCCUGGUUUCAAGCACAUGGCAGAUGUAAUUAACACGAUUCCCGGAGGCUCACAGUUCAUGCUUUUUCUCGGUGACUUCAUUUAUAUUGAUGUUCCGAAGAGGUUCGGAGUGAGUGUGGAGGACUAUCGCCGCGAGUACAGACAAGUUUACAGCUCUCCAGAUUGGCCGGCCGUUGGGCAAAAUCUAAGCUGGAUACACGUGCUCGACGAUCACGAGAUUGCCAAUGAUUGGGAUAAAAAGACUGCUGGGAUUUACGAAGCCGCCGCUGAUCCGUGGCAUCAUUAUCAAACGGCCGUUAAUCCUCCCCGAGCUCGCCAAGCGGGGACUUAUAACACUCUCAGAGACGGUGCCACUUACUUCGAGUUCACCCAAGGGCCUGCUUCAUUUUUCUUGAUGGAUACCAGAACUUACCGAGACUCUUCUUCGGAGCUCCCUGCCAACAGCACUGGAAAGUCAAUGCUUGGUGCAGAACAGCUUGCUGAUCUCCUAGACUUUCUCAAGAAGCCUGAGCCAAAGGGUGUCAAAUGGAAAAUCAUAGCAUCUAGUAUUCCAUUCACGAAAAACUGGAGGGUGAAUAGCAUGGAUACAUGGGCUGGUUACCUUAACGAGCGCCAGGUAAUUCUCGAAGCUAUGUGGGAUGUGGGCCUCCGUGGAGGAUGUGGUGUCGUCAUCAUCAGUGGAGAUAGACAUGAAUUUGCCGCAACAGCCUUUCCGCCCCCCUUGAAUGGCCGUUGGCCAGUCAGUGCAACAGUGAAUGAGUUCUCUACAAGUCCUCUCAGUCAAUUCUAUCUACCGGUCCACACUUAUUGGCAAAAUGAUGAUGAUGAUAUACAGAUCAAGUAUAUCCCAGGCGGCAAUUCAAAGUUAGGAGCUAUCACAAUUGAAGAUACUGCUAGCGACCAAAGUACUUUAAAAUUUCGCCUCUAUGUAGAUGGUCGUGAGGCUUGGUCUUCCCUCCUUCUUUCGCCACCCGCUAAUACCGGGAGUCGCUGGACCAAGGAAGCUUUUUGGAGGUAG